UACAUUAGCGGUCAGACCAGUCAGAUGUUACCGUGCUUAGAUUUACCUUCAUGGGACUGUGUCUGUGAAGCGCGUUCUAAUACGGAGGAUUUUUUGGCCUGGUAACAUGAUUAGCUAGAGAGCUACAGCACACAAUCAAGACAUCUCCAUUCAAGAAAGAUACGUUAGCGGUCAAUUUACAUAAUUUAGCAGAUGCCUUUAUCCAAAGUGACAUAAAAAUCAAGGAUCAGAAGUGUUUGGUUCUAACAGUGUUUCGGUGGUCAGAGUCAAGGAAUGACCGUCACAUCUCGCCCCAGCAUGCCGUCUAACGUGGAGAUCAAGGCCAGGGUGAACGACUACAGCCUAUUCGCUGAGAGGGCCGGCCAGCUCAGCCAAUCAGAGGGCGUAGUGAUCCGUCAGCAAGACACCUUCUUCAACUGCAGCAACGGACGGCUGAAACUGAGAAACCUGAUGGAUGGGAGUGGCCAGUUGAUCUUCUAUGAGAGACCAGACUGUGACGGUCCUAAACUGUCGCGUUACUCCAUCUCCCCCACCCAGGACCCUGAGGGGCUGAGGGUGGUGCUAGCAGAUGCUCUGGGUAUCAAAGGGGAGGUGAGGAAGGAGAGAAGGCUGUUCCUGGUGGGCCAGACCAGAGUUCAUCUAGACACAGUGGAAGGACUGGGACACUACAUGGAGCUGGAGGUGGUGAUGAGGGAGGACCAGAGCCCUGAGGAGGGAGAGCAGGUGGCUCGAGGCCUGAUGGAGCAGCUUGCGGUGGGGCAGGACAGCCUGGUGACCGGAGCCUAUAUGGACCUACUGAUAGAGGCAGCGGCCUAGGCUCUCACACACACACACACUAUAUGCACUACACACAUUCUACACAAACGUUACACACACACACUUCUUUUGUACUGUACUUUGUUUGUGUGAUGACACACUGUAACUUCUGUAUAUAGUUCUGGGAUCGUUGAAGUGUUUCCUUAAUAAAACUCUUGCUGACCUUGGU